GACGUUGCUGGAGUGAGGGUUACGCUACGUCAACACAAGACAGAAACAUAAGAGAGCCGUCGAUUCGACAUGAUUCGCUCGGUUGCUGUGUCGCUGGUGCUGACGGUGGCCUGCUGCGCUGCGCAGACGCUAGUCCGCUUUGCACCGUCCGUGGGAUAUGCUGGUGACAACACUCCUGUCGCUGCUGGCUUUGCCUAUGCCUUCCGAGCUCCUGCUGUCUUCAAGAGAGCAAAGUCGUUCGAUGUUCGACCUAUUCUUCCCACUGACGAGUCAAAAUAUCUAAGCCAGUCUUUCGACUCACAGCAUCAAAAUACCAUCGUGCCUGUUUUCCAUUCUAAAGUAUCUAAACGCGAACAGGUCAAAAUUCCAGUCUACCAGGAGGUGAUCGUUCCUGAAGAAUUGAAGACUCAAUACCACAGCCAGGAUGAGCUAGGUCAGUACGCCUAUGGUUACGUCCAUAACGACGCCUCCCAUCACGAGGAACGAACUGUGAAUGGAGGAGUGACUGGUACUUACUCGUACUACGACGAUCUUGGUCACAAACAGUCGGCCAAAUAUGUAGCUGAUAGAAAUGGGUUCAGAGUGGUAGCAACAAAUCUGAACAAUUACCAGCCUGAACCUGUGUUGCAAACACCGGAGGUUUUGGCGGCCACGAGAGCUCACCUACAGGCAGUCAAGAAGGAGAAGUCAAGAAAACUUUUAGGUAAAUACAUUCAUGUUGGUAUCAGUGAUACUCCUGAGGUGGCUGCUGCUCGAGAAGCACAUUUGCGAGCUUACGAUGAGAUCAAGCGGGCUCACCAGAAGCGAUCGAAGCGAAGCCCUCACGGAUCUUACGGUGCGCGGCAAACGUACUCACAUUCCCAAUUUGGAGGACCAGGUUUCGGUCACCAGCACUUUGUGCCCGUAACUCCAACCCCGGCGGUAAAAGCAGCGACUCACGCACACCUUGAAGCUGCCAAGGCAGCUCAUGUUUACGGCGUUCACGCGGGUAUUCCCGACACUCCAGCCGUUGCCGCGGCAAGGGAGGCGCAUCUAUACGCUUAUAAGAAAAUUCAGGCUGAACACGCUAAAAGAUGGAAGAGGAAUGCGCAUCAGCCGCAUGCCUAUCAGCUAGGUCCUCAGCCGUACCAGGCGCAGUACGAUCAUUAUUCCCUUCAAAAGCAGUAUGCGUCUAACGCCGAUAACAUCCACCUUCCUGUCACUCCAACUCCUGAGGUGCAAGCAGCGACCUUCGAACAUUUGAAAGCUUUAAGUGCCUCCCAAAAAUACGGUGGCAAUGUCCAUGUAGGAAUCCCUGACACUCCUGAAGUUACGGCCGCCAAACAAGCUCAUCAUUACGCUUAUCAGAAAAUUCAAGCCGACCAUCUCAAAAGAUGGAAACGAGAAGCGCACAGGGGAUUUAACCAUAACUGGCAGUCCAAUGCCUAUCAUUCACACACCCCACAACAAUAUCAUGACUACCAAGGUAAUUCUCAAUUCCAGUUCGCAUCCAGUGCACACAACAUUCACGUUCCCGUUACUCCGACUCCUGAGGUGCAAGCCGCAACUUACGAUCAUCUACAAGCUCUAGGCGCUGCCCACAAAUAUGGUGGUAACGUCCAUGUAGGAAUACCAGACACUCCUGAGGUUGCAGCGGCCAGAGACGCCCAUUUAUACGCAUACCAGAAGAUCAAAGCUGAUCAUGCUACGCGUUGGUAGAGAAGUGAUGACAUGCAGUACCAGUAGGUACAAUAGCUUAGCUACAACAUUUCUAUUCUGUAAACCAAGGACCACAAGCUUACCUUUCUCACUCAGCAUAUGAACAGGCAUCUGGUCCACAUAACCUUAUCUUACCAGUAGCACACACUCCUGUAUUCCAAGCAGCAACUUUCCAUCAUUAAUCUCUUAGAGCAGCUCAUUAGUACGGCGGCGAUGCAUAUGUGGGUAUCCGUGAUACACCUGAAGUUACGGCCACACGAAGUGCACUUCUGCAAACCUAUUUUGUUUAUAGCUCAGGACUAUGCUAAACGAUGGUCCUUGCUUGCCGAAUAUUAAAAAUAUUGGUCUAUUAAUCAUGAUGUUGUACGUUUCAUGGCAUGUCAUAAUUGAGCCCUAAUUCAAUUAUAAUUUAAUGAAAAAUAUAAGUUUUUUUAUAAAACUUCAAACAUGCCUAUUUACGAUGUUUUCGAAAAGUGUUUACUCCUGCUCUAGCUAUUGAUAAAACGAAAUGAACUUAAUAAAAUUU